UGCGACACCUCUGACGGAGCUUCGACCCCCACCUCGUCCGUUUAUCGAGCCAUCGAAGUUUACGAACGUCUACGAACUUUACCGAACUCGAAGCGCGCCGAUUACAGCCGCAUUUAAAUUAUGCAUUACUUUCAGUAUGUUUUUCAUUGUUUUUUUAUCUCUUUUUCCGCUUUAAUAAUUAUUAUUUACGAAUUCUCUCUUUUGACCUCUGCAAAUAUGAAUUGCUAAUCAAUUAACGGCAGAAAUACGCAGGAACUAAUAAACUAUUAUAAAUCACAAAAAUAUAAUAAAAGUCGUUUUAUCUUCAGUCCGAUGGUUAAGGUAGAAAAGUUAAAAAAAAAUCAGUUCUUCGAUAUGAAAUUUCUAAAAAAAGAAAGACAUUUCUUUUUAUAGAUAAAAUAAUAAUCGUGCACUAAGCUUUGAAUGUAAAAGGUCGUGUUUGGGAUAUCGAUCAAACUUUAGAAAGCAAACCAAUACAGUCGGUCGGCGACAACUUAAAAUAUUAAUUGAUAUGAUCAGUUGUAUUUAGAUUUUAAUCAUGGAAAAUUUGCGAAGGGAAUUAAUAAGUAAUAUAAUGAUCACGUGUCAAGAACGCGAGAUAGACGUGACUGAAGAUUUUAUUUCCUUCUUGGUAUGUAUCUUUUAUGCGAAAAAUUUCAAUAUUAAAUUAACCUAAAUAAUUAUUAAUUUGACACAAGAUAUGACUUUUUUUCCUACAUCUUUACAGCUCACUCUGUUUCAAUUAAAUCCUAUAUAUGAAAUUAAGGUAAACGAUGAAGAAAACAAUGAAAAAAUUAUUCAAGCGUUAGUUGAAAAAAUAUGCGAUCAAGAAAAACCAAGUUUAACGAUAUUAAAAAGUCAAUUAUAUUUUGCGAAGCACUAUCAUGAUAGAGACGAGACUGUUAAGCGCCAUAGAUUGCGAUUACAUCAAAAGACUGGACCAUUAGUGGCGGAAAUUUGUCAGACAGAGAAACUUGCGAAUAAACAGGAGUCAGAAAAGUUAUACCAUAAGAUGUUGGUGGUUAUUACUUUCUUAAGUGGUCUUGGAAAUCCUACUGUAUCUUCUGUGCUCAAAGAGGUAUCGGUGGCACUGCAAAGCGUUUUUCAACCUUCGGAAUUAGAACAGUAUGUAAAGAUGUCUAAACGUGAGAAGGAAGAACAGCUAAUGGAAUUAAUGUGCAUAGUUGCAGGAAUACGUUUAUUUAAUAGAGAUAACCAACGCGGAGGCGAAGGCAUCGACGAUUUGCCAGCUAUUUUGCAAAAAGCUACUAAAAGAACCCGCGACUGUAUUAUGGAAUUUUUGGAACGUCUAAUGACAAAAAUAUAUAAAUUCACUGCAGCCAUCGAAAAAAUAUGUUUCAUUAGAAAAUUAAUACCAUUUGGCGUUUAUACAACCGAGAAUGUAAACUGGGCAGCUGAAAUGUUAACUGCAUGUCGGCAACAAGAAAUUUACGUCAGGAAACUGUUAAGCGAUGUAGAGCAAAGCGAAAAAGAGAUACAAAAUUAUAUGGAACGUCUUCAAGGACGUCUGUUUAAGCUUCACGAUACCGUGAGAUAUAGAACUGCUAUUCCUACUGUUCAAGUAUAUCCACAAUUUAUCGACUUAGCAGAUAUAUGGAUGGGACUUCAAGAUGAGGUAAUUAUAUUAAGUGGCAUAAAUAACUUUUUCUGGGAACUUCAAACUCUGAGUGCAAAGACCGUGAAUGCAUACAACGAAACGCUAUUGACCGAUAUGCUGUCUAACGAACAAGUCCUCACAGAUGCUGAAAGACUGGAGCAAUCAAUGGGUGAACCAAUAAGGGAAUGCGGCGAAUGCACUAUCUAUCACCCUAAUGAAACUAAGGAUUUUGAAAAUAUAAAUUUAGAGUUUCUAGGAUUUUGCGCGUGGAAGUUCGUUAGUGAACACGGAGCAUUGAUCCCGGGAAAUCCGAAUAACGGUAUUGUUAAAUGGAGAGGAAAAUAUUACGUAUUUUGCUCGAUUUUAGCAGCCCAACAAUUCGGACAAGAUCCUGAUAGGUACAUUUAUGAGGCUCUUGAUUACAUACGCAAUCACGUUGAAUAUGUGUAUUUGUUUCAAGUACACGACGAUGUUCGAGCUCUACAAACACAAAAAGUGUUGUCGGAAGAAGGACCUCAAUUAAAAACUUGUCAACAUCAAAUGGUUCAAACAGAUUUGCAUAUACUUCCACCUUCCAUUGACAAAAAUUAUUCUUCGAAUCUUUGGGAACUAAGAAACAGAGCAUUGCACUUAGCAACUAUAAGCCGAUGCACAACACGCAGUACGCAAACAUAUAAAUCCAACUUCCGAUACGGUAUUUACGUACAAGCAGCUCCGCCCCGAAAUAAAGAAGUUCAAACGAGGAGAGAUAAUUAUAUGAACACAAAGAAACUCUUAACUUAUAUCUUUGGCUUGCGGGGGAGGCGCGAUGAUAAUCAACACGUAUUAUCUUUCUUAGAAGACGAACUCGAACAUUUAUAGAUAUGUAUUCAAUUUUAUAUUAGUUUAAAGGACAAAUUGGAUAGGAUUGUUCGAGGACAUCUACGAUAGAAUGAAGCUACAAAGGGCACUCUAAAAAAAAAUGAAAGCAGUAUCUUUUAAUGAUGUUUUCAAAUACAUUCACGAAAUAUCAGGGAAUAACCUGUACUUUUCUUCAUUUAAAAAACAAACUGAUAUUAGAACUUGUUAUUCUGUGUACACGUUCAUCUUUAUCUUCACUGUAAUGUUUUCAUUAUCGUCAAAUGUUUGCAAUGAUUUCUUUGUGGCUUCCAUUAAUUUAGGCCAGCAUUCAUUAAUUUAUAUUCAAAAUACACAAAUUUUUCCAUACAACGAGGUAUAAAUAUCCACACUAGGAUUAAUUCUAUACCUCGUAUCAUCAACCUAUCUUAUUUUCUACAAUUCAACAUUGCAUAAUGCUGCACAUACUGUAACUUUUAAUAUGCAUGCAUUGUACCUUCUCUGAAUACAUUAUUUUACCAUUAAAUCUUAAGAGUUAGGUCAAUUUUUUACACCAAGAAACCUAUAUUACGACAAUAAUUAUUAAUUACAUGAUAAUACAAUUAAAUUUCGCUUAGUAAUAAUUUCAGUGUAUAAUAUAACAAUUAUACAGAAGAUGUAUACAGGAUGUUGAUUUUUAUCUUUAUCUUUCUCUUAAUUUUUGUCGCACUUUUUUUUUAGCCUUACCACAUAUCAUUAAUCCUCUCUCUCUCUCUCUGUUGACAAAACUGUUUAUCUCUCUGUUACAUCCAUUGCAGAAAAGUAA